UUAAUAAAUUUUCUUAAAAUACAAUUUGUAGGAUGUGUUGUAGUAAAUUGUCAUAAAAUCUAAUAUCCUCCCAUUACUUUCCUUUUAUGUAAUAUUUGUUUAACAUUCUUUUAAAGUUACAAUUGAGGUUAACUUGUUUAGCACAUAUUGGCAUAUUAAAAUCGUUUUGACAAAUAUUAGUAAUGUAUAUAAACCCCGGAUUUUUGUAAUAAACAUAUCAGUUGCACUUCUUGUUUUCAACAAGCACUUGGUGGAUUAUCCUCAAAGAUGUUCUCCUUUGGUGUAAAAGUCCUUUUCUUGGCAUCUUGUGCACUUGCCAGACCUCAGUUGGACGCACAGCAACAAAACUCAGGAAACACCACUCCAAUCCCAAUCAUCAAUCAAACUGAGGAAACUGGUCCUGAUGGCAGCGUCAACUUCAGUUACGAAACCGGCAACGGAAUUUCGGUGCAAGAGAACUUGUUCACCAAAAAAGACGACAGAGUGAGAGGAACAGCCGAAGAUCCAGAGAACCCAACCGGCGGACUAAUUCAAGUGAUCCAAGGAACUUUCUCGUACACCGCCCCUGACGGUCAAGUCAUCACUUUAAGGUACACUGCUGAUGAAAACGGAUUCCAACCUCAAGGAGAUCAUUUGCCAACUCCUCCACCAGUGCCACAAGAAAUCGCUGAUGCUGUUUCGGCCCUGCAGAAUCAGCUUCAGCAACAAGGUCAACAACCACAGGUUCAGCAACAGUUUGGCCAACAACCACAGGUUCAACAACAGUUUGGCCAACAACCACUAGGUCAACAGCCACAGUUUAGCUAGCCUUUUAAUCAACAACGUCAACUUAUUCAUUUAUCGACUUAGAAACAAAAAAUUAUUACUUUUUCGUUUUCUGUCUGUAAUAAUAUUGUGGUAAAAUAUUUUUAUAUACAUAUUUUUUUUGAAAAUUAGUAAAUAAAUUGUGAAUAAUUUUGGA